AUGUUCUGCUUCUGCCUGCAGAGUUCCCUGCUGAAGCUCCAGGCGUUGGAGGUGGAGGGGGGCCCCUCGCUGGGUCCGUCCCCAGAGGAGAGCCCCCCUGCCCUGAGCAGCAAGGAGCAGAAGGGUCCCGGCGAGCUUGCAGGGAAGGAGGGGAAGACGCUGGCUCUGUGCCACAGCACUGACGAGAACAGCCCGCCAGAGCUGUUGACAGUCCUGACCAGACCUCCCCCAUCCCCCAGACACCAGCCGCUUACAACCAUCCUCCCGGGCCAGCAGCCCCUGACCCCCGAUGGAGUGCUGCCCCUCAGUCCUAACCACUCACCCUACUCCCCGCAGAGGAGCAGCCCCGGAGGCGAGGGGGCAGGUGAAGGAGGAGGUGGAGGUGGAGCUCUCCUCCAGCUGCUGGCAGGCGGCACCAGCCCCCUCCCCUCCCCUCGAUGUGCCAGCCUCAGCCACAGCCUGAGGUUUAACUCCGACCCUGACACUGCACCUUCACCACCCUGCAGCCAGCAGUACAUACAGUCUCGAGGGCGGGGGGACAGGACAGAGGGAGCGGAGGACGGUUGCCCACCCUCCAUCCCCUUCCUCACCAGACAGAUCCAGACCCUGAAGAAGAAGGUUCGCAGGUUUGAGGAUCAGUUCGAGCAGGAGGUGAACUACAAGCCGUCACACAACGAUAAAUAUUCCAACCCGGAGAUGGUCAGAGUGAUGAACGAGCUGGCGAAGGCUCGCAAACAGCUCAAAGAGCUGAGACUCAGACAGUCGGUGUUCGAGUCGAAGGAGCACGACGGUCCAGAAACCACAGACGUGUGCAGGUAUGGCUCUGGGCAGCAGCGGGCGUCGGAGCACAAACCCACUCUAGAGGAAACCGUGGAGUCUCUGUUCAGACGACUGAGAGAGAAGAGACAAGCCCUGGGUCUCCCUGACAACAUGAAGGAGAUGACCCAGGCUCAGAUGGUGUUGGAGAAGAUCACUCUGCAGAAAUGUCUGCUGUACUUUGAGAGUGUGCACGGCCGACCGGGAACCAAACAGGAGAAGAACCUGGUGAAACCUCUGUAUGACAGAUACCAGAUGAUCAAACGUUUACUGUGUGCCAGCCCCACAAUCACCACCAUAGAGGAAGAAGAUGGAUCUGAUGAAGACUUGAUGAGUUCGAUGACAGUGGAUGAACUUUGCCUCCCUCCUCAGAGAGUGACCCGACAAGCAGGCAGCGAGGAGGACAGCGACCGGGACAGUGACCCAGCAUUUGUGUCCCCUUUAGAUGAGGUGAAAGCCGUCCGUCAACAACCUGCUCUCACCAUGGCGAACCUGCAUGAAGCCUCCAGGUCUCAGCUGCUGGAGAGUCUGCGUGAGACAAGAGCGGAGAAGAAGACCAGGCGUAAAGCUCUGAGAGAGUUUGAGGAUCAGUUCUACCGUCAGACCGGAAGAAUCUGCCAAAAAGAGGAUCGCACGCCGAUGAAAGAAGAGUACCAGGAAUACAAACAGCUCAAAGCGAAGCUCCGUCUGCUGGAAGUCCUCCUCAGCAAACAGGAUGCCACCAAAACCAUGUGA